AGCCGCCGCGGUCUCGGCUGCGCUUCAGUGCGGGGCGGGCGGGCGCCGAGCGAGCCCGGGCCGGGAGACGGGAGCCGGGAGCCCGGAGCCCAGAGCCAGCUGCCGGAGGAGCUGCUGCUGCGGUGGCAUCUGGGUCGAUUUCCGUCCUACGAACACCCAGGCCAGCGCCUGGCGGCUUCUGCGCCCAGCUGGGCCCAGGGAGGAGCGGGUCAGACACUUUUUAUUUUAUUUUGGAAGAAAGGGGCGAGUCCCGGCGUGAGCUUCCCUCCCGGCCUGGCUUGUCCUCAGUGCGCCCCAGCUCCGGCCCGGGCUCUGGAAGAUGACUCCAGGGUCUGCCCUGUGUAUUCCACCGGCGGCGGCUCCAGGAGGCAGCCGAAAGUAGUAACACUUGGUAGUAGCGGCUGGUGGAAAAGUGAGCCGAGGCGGCGCGGACUCGGCUGUGCCCGCGCCCCGGCGUCUGCUGCUCCUCGCUGCUCCUUCCCCUCGGCUCCCCGGCGGCCGCAGCAUGAAGUGGCGUAGCGAUGGCCAGGAGAGGUAAGAAGCCCGUGGUGCGGACCCUGGAGGAUCUGACGCUGGACUCGGGUUAUGGUGGCGCGGCGGACUCGGUGCGCUCCUCCAACUUGUCCCUGUGCUGUUCCGACUCGCACCCGGCGUCCCCGUAUGGCGGGAGCUGCUGGCCGCCUCUAGCUGACUCCAUGCACAGCCGGCACAACAGCUUUGACACCGUCAACACUGCCCUGGUGGAAGACUCCGAGGGGCUGGACUGCGCCGGCCAGCACUGCUCGCGGCUGCUGCCGGACCUCGACGAGGUCCCCUGGACCCUCCAGGAGCUGGAGGCGCUGCUGCUGCGCUCGCGCGAUCCCCGGGCAGGCCCGGUGGCCCCCGGCGGCCUGCCCAAAGACGCGCUGGCCAAGCUGUCGACGCUGGUGAGCCGGGCGCUGGUACGCAUCGCCAAAGAGGCGCAGCGCCUGAGCCUGCGCUUCGCUAAGUGCACCAAGUACGAGAUCAAGAGCGCCAUGGAGAUCGUGCUGUCUUGGGGCCUGGCGGCGCACUGCACGGCGGCCGCGCUAGCCGCGCUGUCUCUCUACAACAUGAGCAGUGCCGGCGGCGACCGCCUGGGCCGCGGCAAGUCUGCGCGCUGUGGCCUCACCUUCUCCGUGGGCCGCGUGUACCGCUGGAUGGUAGACAGCCGCGUGGCGCUGCGCAUCCACGAGCACGCCGCCAUCUACCUGACGGCCUGCAUGGAGAGCCUCUUCCGGGACAUCUACGCGCGGGUCGUGGCCUCCGGGCUGCCCCGGAGCUGCAGUGGUCCCGGUCCGGGCUCCAGCUCCGGUCCAGGCCCAGGCUCCGGCCCCGGCGCGGCCCCCGCGGUGGAUAAAGAGCGGGAGGCGCCCGGAGGGGGAACGGCGAGCGGCGGCGCCUGCAGCGCAGCCAGCAGCGCCAGCGGGGGCAGCAGCUGUUGCGCCCCGCCGGCCGCCGCUGCCGCCGCCGCCGCAGCCCCGCCGGCCGCCGCGGUCAACCACCACCAUCUCCACCACCACGCGCUCCACGAGGCGCCCAAGUUCACCGUGGAGACGCUGGAGCAUACUGUCAACAACGACUCCGAGAUAUGGGGGCUCCUGCAGCCCUAUCAGCACCUCAUCUGCGGGAAGAACGCCAGCGGAGUGCUGUGCCUGCCCGACAGCCUGAACCUUCACAGAGACCCACAGCGGUCCAGCAAGCCCGGAGAACUGCCCAUGUUCAGCCAGUCGGAGUUGAGGACCAUCGAGCAAUCCUUGCUGGCCACCCGCGUGGGCAGCAUCGCGGAACUGAGUGACCUGGUGUCGCGAGCAAUGCAUCACUUGCAGCCCCUCAAUGCCAAGCACCACGGCAACGGCACCCCCCUGCACCACAAGCAGGGGGCGCUCUACUGGGAGCCCGAGGCCCUGUACACCCUCUGCUAUUUCAUGCACUGCCCGCAAAUGGAGUGGGAAAAUCCCAACGUGGAGCCUUCCAAAGUCAACCUCCAGGUGGAAAGGCCCUUCCUCGUGCUGCCGCCGCUCAUGGAGUGGAUCCGGGUGGCCGUGGCGCACGCCGGCCACCGCCGCAGCUUCUCCAUGGACAGCGACGACGUCCGCCAGGCGGCCCGGCUGCUGCUGCCCGGCGUGGACUGCGAGCCGCGCCAGCUCAGGGCCGACGACUGCUUUUGUGCCUCUCGGAAGCUGGAUGCAGUGGCCAUUGAAGCCAAGUUCAAGCAGGACCUGGGCUUCCGGAUGCUGAACUGUGGGCGGACGGACCUGGUGAAGCAGGCGGUGUCUCUCCUGGGGCCCGAUGGGAUCAACACCAUGAGCGAACAGGGCAUGACCCCGCUGAUGUACGCCUGCGUCCGUGGGGACGAGGCGAUGGUUCAGAUGCUGCUGGAUGCCGGAGCUGACCUGAAUGUGGAGGUUGUCAGUACUCCUCAUAAAUAUCCAUCCGUCCACCCCGAGACCCGCCAUUGGACGGCUCUGACUUUUGCUGUGUUGCAUGGACAUAUUCCUGUAGUUCAGCUCCUCCUGGAUGCCGGGGCCAAGGUGGAAGGCUCUGUGGAGCACGGCGAGGAGAACUACUCAGAAACGCCCCUCCAGCUCGCAGCCGCUGUAGGAAAUUUUGAGCUGGUUAGUUUGCUGUUGGAGCGUGGCGCGGAUCCCCUGAUAGGCACCAUGUACAGGAAUGGAAUUUCUACCAGCCCCCAGGGUGAUAUGAAUUCUUUCAGCCAGGCUGCAGCCCACGGACACAGGAAUGUGUUCCGCAAACUGCUCGCUCAGCCAGAGAAGGAGAAGAGUGAUAUCCUGUCCCUGGAGGAGAUUCUGGCCGAGGGGACUGACCUGGCGGAGACAGCCCCGCCCCCCCUGUGCGCCAGCCGCAACAGCAAGGCCAAACUGAGAGCCCUGAGGGAGGCCAUGUAUCACAGUGCUGAGCAUGGCUACGUGGAUGUCACAAUUGAUAUCAGGAGCAUAGGUGUCCCCUGGACCCUGCACACGUGGCUGGAGUCCUUGCGGAUCGCCUUCCAGCAACACCGCAGGCCCCUCAUCCAGUGCCUGUUAAAGGAGUUUAAGACCAUCCAGGAGGAGGAGUACACUGAGGAGCUCGUCACCCAAGGCCUGCCCCUGAUGUUUGAGAUCUUGAAAGCCAGCAAGAACGAAGUGAUCAGCCAGCAGCUGUGCGUCAUCUUCACUCACUGCUACGGGCCCUACCCCAUCCCCAAGCUCACGGAGAUCAAACGGAAACAGACCUCGAGACUGGAUCCUCAUUUCCUUAACAAUAAAGAAAUGUCCGAUGUUACCUUUCUGGUAGAAGGAAGACCAUUUUAUGCUCACAAAGUGCUGUUAUUUACAGCGUCUCCAAGGUUCAAGGCGCUCCUCUCCAGCAAACCAACAAAUGACAGCACCUGCAUAGAGAUCGGCUACGUGAAGUACCCCAUCUUUCAGCUGGUCAUGCAGUAUCUCUACUACGGCGGCCCAGAGUCACUUCUCAUUAAAAACAACGAGAUAAUGGAGCUCCUGUCUGCAGCUAAAUUUUUCCAGCUGGAGGCUUUGCAACGACACUGCGAGAUUAUCUGUGCAAAGAGCAUCAAUACGGACAACUGUGUGGAUAUUUACAACCACGCCAAGUUUCUUGGAGUCACAGAGCUCUCAGCAUAUUGUGAAGGCUACUUUCUCAAAAACAUGAUGGUCCUCAUCGAAAACGAAGCAUUCAAGCAGCUCCUGUAUGACAAAAAUGGCGAAGGGACGGGCCAGGACGUGCUGCAGGACUUACAGAGGACGUUGGCCAUCAGGAUUCAGUCAAUCCACUUGUCGUCUUCCAAAGGUUCUGUUGUCUGAAACGCCCAGCGGAGGGAACGCUCCCCGGGAACUUCCCAGAUCUCCUGCUACAUUGGCCUCACACAAACACAUACAAAUCCCACAUGGCGUCUGAUUUUGGCCAAGGAGCUGCCUCUAUGGCCUCAGCUUCUCUUGAAUAAGCAAACUCAGCUCCCAUGUGUUCCUGUUGAAAAACGAAGGCUAUUCCACCGGUCUGCAGAUCAGCUCGCAGCUGGGUCCGGAGCUUGAAGGUCAACGUGGGGCAGCCAAGCUAACCCCAGUCUGAGCACCCCUGGGGCACUUGAACACCCAUUGUGGGGACCACUGUCGAAAGGAUGGAUUGAGAACUAAGGGUCCUUUGGUUUCCAGGUUGACAGUUGGAGAACUUUACUGACCCCAAAGAGCAUUGAUUACGCAUUAAAGACUUUAGCAGCUGUGGUUCAGCAAGAGUCAGGCAUGGUAGCGAAUUGGUGAGACUAUUACCAAUAACGAAGAAAUAACUUGGCAAAUUUUUAGGGGUGGGAACUUUUUAAAAUGUUCAUAAAAAAACAAAAACAGGGCAGCCUUGUAGUUUAAAAUAUAUUUCUAAAAGCUUCACAGUUCAUUUUCAACUGAAUUGUGUUUAGGGAUCUGUGUUUUGAGGUUAUUUUUUUUUUCUUUUUUUUUAAAGAAAAACAGUAAGUCACAGGUCCACACUGUAUAACAUGCAUCUGACAAGAUAUUGCCGAUAUUCUAUACAAGGUGAAAUAAUCUGCCUUAGUGAUCAUGGUUACAUAAAAAAGGUGCACUGCCAAUAAUUAUCCUAAUUCAGUAGUUGAAAACAGCCUGCAUGCUAAUCGUGGUUUCGGGAUGAGAUUUAAAUGCCCCCACGUAACAAAACAUGCGUUUGCAUGGGCCUGAACCUGUGAAAUGUUAUGUUUGCGCUUCAUUUUUUGCCAAGAUAAAAAUGUUCCAUCACUUCUUGCUAAAAGUCCACCUGGUGAAACUAACAUAUCCAUUUCUUCUCCCAAUUACGAAUGAGUCUGGGAUGCCUUUGCAGAAAUGUCUUUAUAGAUGAUGCUGAAUGGGGGGUGGGGGGGAGCACGUCCGAGAAUUUACUAUUAAUCCCAGAGUUUUCUCUGUAUUCUCAGAAGAUGUUAAUAGUUUGUUACUAGCCAGAGAAUAUGACUAUGCUAGAUUAUUUUUAAAGAUGAAACAUAUAUGAUAGGAUGGAUUCUUUCUGUAUUCUGAGAGUGUACAGUAUAGGGUUAUCUAUAAUGAAAGUGUCUAUCGACAGGGUUCCGUUUGCUCUGCCAUAUAUUAUAAGCAAAACAGAUUGGUGAGGUGCCACAAUAUUCCAAAUAAUUUUUGAGUUGCUGCCUUUUUUCUCGUCCUUUCAUUUGAAACCUAGAUACAUGCAGUAAAAACUAGGAGAAUGACUUUUACCACUUUGGGAUGACAAAGUUUCGUUGAUAAACCUAUUUCCUAGCAUGCCUUCGGGAAGUUGUGUGCAGACCCUAGAUUCUAAAGGAGCUGCUGUUCAUCCAUCGAGCUCGCUCCCUGAGCCAUUGUUCAGAGGACCGGUGUCCAGUCCUGUUUCUUGAGUCUGACCCGUGGAGUGCAUGGGCCACGCUGUCUACAGUACUGGCUCUCCUGGAUGCUAAUACAUCAUCCACUUGGUCAUUUACCAUCCUCCCCAGGCCCCACCAUCAAAUGAGGAAAGGGGAAAAAAACUGCCUGCAGGGGAGUCCAAGUCACAGAUGCACAGCACGUGUGUGAGCCGUCACUGUCUCCUGCCUCCGUCGUGUCCUCAGAGAUGCUACGUGGAUGUUUCCUUAGCCUCGACUGACUUCCCUGUGAAUGUCUAAUGCCAGUUCAGGGUCUCCAGGCGUUGAUUUGUACGGUGGCAACUCUUGACGGGCUUCUGUUAUAGUUUGGUGUGCUUUCUCUGUCAUUAAAAGCAAUGAUUU